UAAUCAACCUGUCACUUUCAUUGUCAUGACGAUGUUUUAUUUUAAGGUUAUGUACAACUGUUUUCGCUUACAUUAAUCUGGACUUUAUAUGGAAAUGUUAUUCUCAUCCUUUUAAAAUGGCUCUAGUUGUUAAUUUUGGAAUAAAACACAUUUUCCCUUUGACGAAAUAUUGUAUUAGACCUCUAUUUAUCUAUAGUAGCUGUAAAUAUGGUACAAAAGUCUCGACGACUUCAUCCGAUGGUUUUAACAAUCUCACGGAUUGGGAAACCUUGAACAAAAAGAAGAAAAUUAGUAAAGCUAUGAAAGCUUACUUAGAAAGGGCAAGAGAACAUGAUGAGUUUAUGAAAAAGCAAGAGUUUGAAUACACUAUUGGUAAGCGCCAUCUUGCUAACAUGAUGGGUGAAGAUCCUGAGAAUUUUACACAAAAGGAUGUGGAUCGAGCCAUUGAAUAUUUGUUUCCUAGUGGCAUUUACGAUCCGGCGGCGCGUCCUUUAAUGAAGCCACCUGAGGAAAUAUUCCCAGCUCGAAAAGCUGCGGAAUUUGACGAGGCAGGAAGGCCACACCAUUUUUUGUUUUACACUGGGAAACCUAAUUUCUUCAAAUUGCUCUAUGAUACUGUUGAAAACAUACAACAAUCCAUCAGUUUUCAUGAUAAGGUUAUAAGAAAAAAAGCGACACCUGAUCCUAAUGAGUCACUUAAUUUAGGAAGCAGUGCAUGGUUGACCAAAGAGCAGUUGGAGCAGGUGAUUGUGGAGAAAAUUACUGAUUUAGAAUAUGACAACUUUAAAGUAGUAAUGGAAAGGCUAAUUUCUCUGCCACAUGCUUAUAGGCAUAAAGAAUUUAUUGAUAAAUAUAGAAAACCUUUAGUCAGUCAAAAGUUUGCUUUGGAAAUACCAAAGCCUAGCUAUGAUGAUCAAGGCAGAGCUUUUGUGACUACAUAUGAAUGCCUGAGGAAGAAAGCUAGGGGUGAUGUAACUAUUCGGUCCCCUGGAACUGGAAAAAUUUGUAUAAAUGGAAAGGAUAUAACAUAUUUUGAGGAUGUUCAGCCAAGAGAACAAGUUAUGUUUCCGCUUCUUUUUACAAAUAUGCAAGAUCGUGUGGAUGUUGAAUGUAAUAUUGAAGGGGGUGGUCCAUCUGGCCAAGCUGGGGCUAUAAGAUGGGGUAUAGCUUGGGGUCUGAGAAGUUUUGUAGAUAAAGAUAUGCUUGAGAAGAUGCAGGUGGCUGGGUUGCUGACUAGAGAUCAUAGGCGUCGUGAACGUAAGAAGCCUGGACAACCAGGAGCCAGGAAAAAACCUACAUGGAAGAGGAGAUAAAUAAUUUGUUAAAAAUGAAAAAUAAAGAAGUAGUUUGUAAA